AUGAUUUGUUUCUUGCAGACCCUGUCUGUGCUCUUGCAUGCAUCAGAAAGGGAAGUGAAUGGCGUGAGGAAACUGAUUGCUGCUGUAGAGACAAAACCUCAAUCAGAGGCAAGAGUCGCGUUCAGAGAGGACGGGAAGACUGCAUUUGUUGAGUUUCUAUCUUGUUUUGACAUUAGAGGCCCUUUGAAGGAAACGUCAGCAAUCUGUCUCAAGAAAAGCAUCUCUGAAGACAAACUGAAAAGAAGCAGUGAACUGGUAUACCAAGGUACACUGUAUGGUGACACCAAAAUGGAAGACUGGAAGAAUGCGGCUGCUGAGAGCUGUAUUGAGCCGGCUCACCUCGUGCAACUUGCUCUUCAGUUCUGGCUUCAGAAAAGAGAAGGUUCAGCGUUGGAAGCAGAGAUGCUGCGUUUCAUGGAGCUGUUGAAAGCCAUCUGUUCACUAGCAGAUGUAAAUGUGAUAUGUGCAGAGUACAAUGAGCUGUCAACUUGGUGGUGUGAUGUUCGCAGUGUGCUGAUGGAUUCUGUGAAUCCAUUCAUGGCACUCACAGGAGCCAUUGUUUGCAGAGCUGUUGCUCUUUGGGUGGAAAAGAAUCAUCAUGCACAUAAUGUUUUGGUUCCAAAUGCAGUACCAGAAGGUGCAGUUUCACAGCAACAAGAAUCCUCUGCUGCAUCAGCAGACGAUGAGGCUCGCAGUUCAGCAAGUGAGUGGGAGAAUAUGUCUUGUAACACCUGUCAUUGGAGCUUGCUGAUUGGCCAUUUGGAAGAUGUGGCUCUGUUGGACACAGUGUUAAGGCGGAAGCCAACACCAAGAAAAAAGGGUGGAAUGCAAAUAUCACCCAAACCUGAGCUGUUCUGCUGUCCUUACAGGAGGCCUGCAGUGUCAGUUAGCUACGUUCUCAACAGAGGAAAGGUGUCUGAGCUUGUUGCCCAGUGGCUCAGUUCUGCAGGACUUGACCCAUGCAAACUGGUGGACAUGUCUGAUGUUGAAUUUGAAAAUUUGGAACAAGAGCAGACAGAAGAAAGUAGUCUGAGGAAAACUGCUUCUGCAGACAUCAAGGAAGGUUGCAAGCUGGAAGUCGAGCAAGGGACAGAAGCCACGCCAGCAAAUGAACAUGAAACUGAGAUACUAGCUAACCUGGCUAUCCUGAAAUGCCACUUCUCAUACAGUUUGUCAUCAAGUAUUCUUUUGGCCAAUUUGUGCUGGGAAUUCAUGUUGGCAUGGCACCACAAUGUGGAUGAAUUGAAUGCUCUGCAUGCUGCAGUGAAAUGCCUACAGGCAGUUCCAUCACCUCAUCUGAAAGCAGGAAAGAUGCUGAUACUAGGGUUUUGCCAGCUUAAAUUGGAAAUUUUAAUUCUGUGGUAUUCUGAAAUACUGAGGUAUCUGGGAAAAACUUCAGACACGCUCUCUAAAUGCCUCCAUUAAGCAGAAAUGAGAUGACUUUUUACUAUGCCUAUCUGUAUAAAAUAAAUAGAGUAGUAUAUAUAGUAAUUCAGUAGUACAGUGCCAGAAAUUUUGCACACGUAACUUCAUAUUUGAUGCUGUCAUUGUAACUGACUCCAGAGUGCACGGCUUUUCAAAGAACUAAGUUUCUUAGAUAGUCAAAUUUGUGCCUUUAAGAUACCAAGAAAUUCAUUACUGUGGUGAUUGCCUUGCAUUCUGGUGUAUUUCCUCUGCAUUUAUAUUUGUACCAACCUCCAUACUACUGUCUAAUAGAAUUUCUGUGUUCCUUUUUAUAAUAGUAUGUCUUCACCUAAUUUUGUUGGCAUAAACCAGACAAUGCUGUGUUCCAUUCAGUUCGAAUCCUUUCCAUUGUUCAUGAACUUUCCUUCAUAGGUCAGAUGAUCUGUAAAACAUGCUCCCAAAUUCUCACCAUUACAUGGUGGGGCAUCCUAUGAAGUGUAUAGAAUUAGAUUCACAGAUCACACUGUUAAAGUAUCAAUUGGCCAGUUGUUUCAGAAGUUAGUAGAAGAGGGUAGACACAUUUAAAUGGUUAAUAUCACAGUUGUCAUGUUCAUAAAUAAAGCUAGGCAUUUAUUUAUUUUGCCUGUUGAAUUCAUACCUUAAAUUAUAAGUACUGGUAGUUCCCAGUGAACAUGAUUUUGUUGUAAUGCUGUUUUAAAACUUGGGGCUCAUUUCAAACUAACG